UAAAACAAUUAAAUUAAGUUUAAUUAUAAUAUGGAGAAAAUUUCAGCGUAGAUUUUUUUAAUUGAACGUCUAAAAUGUUGAAAUAAUACAUCGCGAAAUCUGUGUCGAGUUGCUUAACUAUCUUAAAUCUCAGUGAAGGGUUUGCGACAGUACUGGCCUACUAGAUGUAGGUUGAUUAAAUCAGAACUUUAAAAAGAAAUUAAGAAAUUACAAUAAUCGCGGCGCCAAUAUUAAAUAUACUUUUAAAUAAAAACAAAACGAUACGAGCUUAUUUCACUUUUUAUAAAGAAAAGUUUUAAUAAAGGAAUAACAAGUAAAAUGAGCUUACAUUUUGAACCAGAUGGUACUCCCUUCGUUAUGUGUGAGAAACAUAAAAUAAAAUUGGAAAAAGAGCCUAUAACAGAAAAUUUCUACGUUAAGAAAGCGAGGGAUGAACUAAGAGAGACUCCGGAAAAUAUUGAAAAUGGCCUAAAAGAAUUGAGACAACUGCUUAAAUGUGAAACCAACUUGGUUAUACCACUAGAUGAAGAUGAGUUUCUACUUAAGUUCCUAAGGCCAGCGAAAUUUUACGCGAAGAGUGCAUUCGAGAGGAUACAAGCUUAUUACAAGUUUAGGUUAUCACACCAGGACUAUUGUCAGGAUCUUUUCCCGAGCAACGUUCGGGUAGCUUUCGAUCACUCUAUCAUCUCUAUCCUCUCGCCAAGAGACGAAAACGGCCGUCGCAUCAUGUUUGUAGAAUCUGGAGAGAAAUGGAACCCCCGCGAUGUUCCCCUACGUGAUGUUUUCCGUGGCGUGCAGCUGGGGCUGGAGUCUGCGAUGGUGGAACCACGUACCCAGGUCUGCGGCGUUGUUGUUAUACUCGACAUGAAAGGCCUUUCUUUCACACACAUAAUGCAAUUCACGCCAUCAUUUGCGAAGAUGGUCGUUGAUUGGAUCCAGGACUGUAUACCAAUUAGAUUGAAAGGAGUACACAUUGUCAAUCAGCCGUACAUAUUUAAUAUGUUAUUCGCGAUAUUUAAGCCGUUUCUACGGCAGAAGCUUCGCUCGCGGAUAUUUUUCCACGGCACGGAUAAAAAAUCUUUGUUGAAACAUAUCAAUAAGGAAGCCCUGAUGAUGAGGCUGGGAGGAUGCUUGCCUGAUAAUGAAAUAUCUGGUGAGGUAUUGUGGAAAAUGCUGCAUCAUUAUGAAGAAAGUUUCAGGCGAGCAGAUUCGUACGGAUACAUUACGAACAAUAACAAAUGACAAGGGAUUUAGAAAAAUAGAUUUUAAUGACAAGGUCAAAACUCUAAUAGGUUAAAAAUAGCUACCAUUAUGAAAUGUCCUUGAAUUUAAGAUACAAAAAUGAUUAUAUAAUUAUAGUUUUGCAUGAGUGACACCGUGAAUAAUUUUGUAUUAUCAUAACAUUAAAUUUACAUUAUAUUUAGGUGCCUACAUAAAAUGAUUUAGGAAUUGUAAAAGCUUUAUCAUUUGACUCAUAUCGUUGUUAUAUGUUUUAAACUUAUGUAUGUAAGGUAUGACGGAAUAUUAUUAAAGAAUUUUAAAAGAAA